UUUAAUGCAAAAUAUUUUGGAUGUUUCCUUUCCUUUUCUAUUUGCCUCUGUUGCAUUUUCUAUUGCAUUGUAAAUGUGAAAAAAUACAGUCUUAUUUGUUAAUUAUCACUACGAUAGUACGAUAUGAAAGCAAACCUAAACAAUAAGAAUAUUGUUGUUAGUGAGAGUAAAAUAAUAUACGAUAUUCCUGAUUAAUAACACUGAAAUAGAAACCUGUGAACUAUACCAAGAAUGGCACCGAAAAAGAAAACUGAAAGUUCAUCAUUUUUACUGAAAACACCAAAAGAAAAAAUAUCGAAAGCUAAACCACUCAAACCAAAGAACAUUAUAAAAGUAAAAAUUCCUGCUAAAAAUAUUAAAAAUGCCAUUGGUGAGAAGAUCUUGGAACAAAAAAGUCCUGCAGAACUUGAACUGAAAAAGAUGCUGACCAUGAACCCACAGAAUGAUGUGAAGAUUGACAGAAUGAAUGAAGUGGCUCUAGCACAAUUAGUUAAAGAUUGCCCUGUGGCAGUCACUGAGAGUGCCCCAGCCCCUGUGGCUAAGAAAAGAGGCAGGAAAAAGAAGAUACUGGAUCCAGCUCCAAAGCGAAAGGCUUCCAAAAAAAUUCAACCAUCCAUAAGUCCGCCUCCAAAAAGACAACAAAGAGGCAGGCCGCGGAAGCAAGGUAAGCCUGUGGACGACGACUCCACCAUAACCUCCCCUUCUAUCCUGAGCUACAGUCAAAAAGAAGUCAAAACACCUAUCAAGGACACACAGAAUACGGUCGCUAAAUUCCCUGUAGUCCCCAACACCACAGAAAACAAUAACGACUCCAGAAGAACAUCUAUCACAAGUGCACCAGCGUCGGAUUUGUCUUGGACCAAAGAUAUAUCCGGAUCCAGUACCACAACUUGCAUCACCGUCACCUCCAACGACUUUGUGCGUAUAGACGGAAAACUGCCAGAACUCAAAAUAACUAAGCUAAAGAAAAGCCAAAUAGUCAAUAAAAAAUCAGAAGAAUCUGUCACCCAGAUGGAACAGGAGCGUUUCCUUUCAAAAGACAGCAACAUCAGCUCUUUUAAUUCGUCUACUAAGUUAAAGAAUAGCCUAAUAGAAGAUAAAUUAGAAGAACCCCUUACCGAGAAGAUAUUAGAACCAGAGCAUUCCCUUUCAGAAGACAGCAGCAGCAGCAGCAGCUCUUCUAGUUCUUCUUCUAGUUCCUCCCAAAGCGAUAAUACUGCGAUAGAAAACGGCUUAAAUUUAAGCACAUCAUCAAUUACGGCUCCUCCGUACAGCCCGAUUUAUACACCACGCAAUCAAAGCUUCGAUAAAACCAAGCAGGACGAAGUCGCUUCAAUACUAGAAAUGCUUGCACCCAAAUUGAAAUCCCUGGACUUGGAGUUUCCUGAUAUCGCGAAUGAGGACGAAGACUGCGACAUGAGUCCCUUCGAGGAGAAGGUUUCUAAGUAUUUAGAGGAGGAGUACAAUACUAUAUUAGAAUGUAGUCAUCUAAACCGAAUUUUAUCGGAAAGUUAUCUGCCAAAUACUACUGUUGUCGAAACCGAACAGAAACAUAGCGGAGAACCAGACUUCGCUACGUCUAACCAUACUGCGAUCUCCGAUAAAACUGCUUGUGAUAAUAUUAACGAUACACCAAGCAAUAUUACGCGGCAACGGGACACUUACAAUUACGAUUCUGACAUUUCUGACGAUGACGUGCUGCAACUUUACGCCACCGAUAACGACCUUGAUUCUACCAGGAUGGGUAGCUCGGCUUCCAUCUUCGAGGAGUACGUGCCCCGACCCCUUAUCCAGAGGUCCCACACCGCCGUGAGCUACCAACCUUCAAAAAUAGACGAGCCAGAAACCGCAAGUGCGAAAAAACCCGUAUGCGAAAAACAAAACGCUGAUUCUACUUCCAUCCACAAGGAACCAGAACUGGAUAAUGCUUCGAAUGAAACGCCUGCGACAAUAAAUGGAACUGGCCUGCUUCAGAAAUCCACAAAUAAGUCAACGGCAGAAAAUAAAAGACCACCGCUGACUAUCUCAUGUUACCCGUUCCCUUCUCGCUCUAGAAGCGCUGUACUAAAUGGAGUCUGCUUCUUCAAUCUGAUCUCAAUGUGUAACAAACAAGAUAUGUAUCACCUAAAGUCUUUCCCUCACUGUUUCAUUGAAGAAAACGUUUUUAGGAUGCGAAUUUCCCAACUUAGCGAAAUACAGUUCAUUCAAGAGUAUAAUCAUAUUGCGAGGUGGACAAUAUUGAGAAAGAAAUACGUCAAAUGUUUCAUCGACGAGUGCCAAAGACGAGAGUUGCGUAAAAUCCUAGUCGAAAUAGUUAUAGAUUUUCUUUCCAGAACCCCUCCCAAUACAGUAGAAGAUGAAGAUCUCAGAGUUCGAGUAAUUGAACACGCUUUGAUACACGUUAACAAUUGGGAAUUGACAGUUUGUGAACAGUUGCUCGAAUAUAAUGUGGGAGAUGAAGCCCUGUGUGAUGUGUUCAUGAAAAUAAUAGCAUAUACACAAAAUUUUUCACGGUUCAAGAAAGUCUUCGUAAAUCUGACAGAUUUCAUGGUUCGCGCUAAUCGGACGUUUGAUUAUGGUGUUGCAUGUCAUAUCCUCGAGAGAGUGUGCAUUCUGCCCUUUGAAGCCCCAUUGGCAAUGGGUCUGAUAUCGAUUAUAGGAAAUACUGAUAGGGAGAUCUUCAAGAACAGUAUGACGAAUAGGUUCGAGUUGUCAUUGGAGACAUGUAAUAAUGAGUUAUAUAAUUGGUAUUUGUCAAUCAAGACGGAGGGUGUAUCAAGUGUGGGGUUGAGGCCAGCCAGUGAGCCUGGGGCGUCAUUGCCGCCUUCUUUGCCAUCCCCAUGUGGCAGUCGGGAGCUGGAGCCGCUGAUUUUCAACCCAAGUAGCUCACAGGACUUUGAGCAGAGAUACACCUCUCCGGACACUACGAAUGUGGAUAAUGUGAACAAACUCGUCACGGAGCCAACUAUUAUACGGACUCUAAAUCACCUGAGUGGGAGACCUCCCAAAAUGUGCAUGCCGAGGCCCCCGCCCCCGCGGCCGCCGCCGCCGCGCCCGCGGGGCCCGUACCGCAAGUGGAAUGAGAGGAGUAUCAUGUCGCAAAUUCCAAGAAUGCCUUAUAUGAGGCCGCCGAGGCCUAUGAAGAGGCCUCUGUCCCGACCAGAACGGCCACCGUCUAAAUUCCAACGAAGAUACGGGCCGGAUUUUUAAAUUUAACUAAUAGUUUUCUAAGAGGUAAACUUUCUAAGGUCAGUAAGUUUAAAUCGUUACUUUAUUAUAAAAUAUAAGUUGUGUAAGUAGUAGUUUUUUGAAUUGUUGGACCUGAUUAAAGCAUAUUUUAUUAGUUCACUUGUAUAAAAUGUUUUAUGUACGAGUGCGAGUAAGACUCGUGGACUCGUUGUUAAGGAUACCUACUAUAAAAUUAAUGUUACCGUACAUACUAUUGACAUUGGUUAUAUUCAUAAUUUGACUUGCUGGCAAAAACUUACCCGCUUAUUCAUAAACAAACUGCAAGCCCCAAUUAGUUAUUAUAUAUUUUUAUCCCUUUC